AUGACCACUUAUCUAUCUACGUUACAGUACGAUGCCAAUUCCAAGCUUCUGGACGUCCCAGAUGCAAGCGAGGAUAUCGAAAUGAACCUCACACAGAUUAACAAAUUGACCCAGGACCUGGUGGGCGAGACUAAUCCCAACUUCACUCCUCAACCACGCGACGAAUCCACAGCUAUGAUCAAGAAACUGUUCGAAAAUGGACUCAAGCAAUUGCAGCAGCAGAAAAUGGCUGAAGCACUCAAAUCCGUCAAUUUGGCUAUAGAAAUGGCCCAACGCAAACGUGCAAGUUGGGAGGCUUUUGCCGUGCAAUUGCAAGAACUACAGUUUAUGAUGAAGAAUAGGGUAGACCUCUGUCUGGUACAGGGCAAAUUCAUGGAUGCAUUGCAAGAUUUGGACUUUUUGCAGAACACCGGUUUGACAACAUCUGACGUUUUCAUUCGCAAAACUGACUCUCUUAUGAAACUGAAACAGUACGAACAGGCCCGCGCCGAGGUCGAGCGCGGUCUAAGUCUCGAUCCCACCAAUGCCAAACUGCGGGUUUUACACAUCGAAAAUACUCGCAGACUGGCCGAGUACAACGGUGACUUGUGA